ACGGGCUUAGCGCGGUUCUUCUUCCUCCUCCUCCAUGUUUUCGCCAUUCCUUGCAUUUGCUAGGGUUGAUAUCAAUCAGGUUUCAGAUGAAAUAGGAGACAGUCAAGUUACUUCAUUUCAGUCUAGUUUUAUGAUACUUUUGGGCAUACAAUGGCAUCAUCAGAUGAAGAGGGCGAGAUUGUCCCACAGUGUGUUACUAAUUACUAUUUUAUUGAUGAUAAAUAUCAACCUGUUUCACUUUCUAUUUUACCAUUACUGAUGAGCAUGGAUGAGAUUAAAUGUGACUUGGCGACAACAGUAUACUUGCGUGGCACUGCUUAUGAUGACCAUCAGGAAAUUUUUAAACAGGUCAUAGCUUGGAAAUUUGAACUUUCAUCUGUUCAGCCCGAGAUUUCCAUACUUUCAAAAGACAAAGCUUGGAUAACUCUCCAAAGGCCUAGUAAAAGCUAUGAAAGUAUAAUUAGGACAGUCUUGGUUACAGUAUAUUGGCUGCAUUUUGUGAGAAGGAACCCAGAGGAACCUAGAAUGUCUGUUUGGAAAUACUUACAGGAGGUCUUCAGCUCGUCUGAUGUUAAACCUUCUGUGGAUGACAUCCAAAAUCAUGUGUCAUUGAUUAGAGAGGCUGCUGAAUGGGACAAAGAUUUUGCAAAAUCUGAGCAUCUACUUACUUUUAUAAAAGAUCCAUGGUCUAAUGAAGUCUUCCAUGAGGAUCCUUCAGUAAAGAAGUCUAAAAACAUAGUUGAUUCAGAAGAGGACGCUGAUGAUUCUGCUGGUGAAGAAACCAGUGCUGACGGAAAUCAUUAUGCUGGAUUUUAUGAUGCUGUUUGUGCAAUUUGCGAUAAUGGUGGUGAAAUCCUGCCUUGUGAAGGGAAAUGCCUGAGAUCAUUCCAUGCAACUAUAGAUGCUGGUUUAGAUACAUGUGAAUCUCUUGGCUACGCUAGGGCUGAAGUCGAUGCCAUCCCAAAUUUCUUUUGUGCAAAUUGUAAGUAUAAGCAGCAUCAGUGCUUUGUCUGUGGAAAACUGGGUUUGUCUGAUGAAUCUUCUAAUGCAGAGGUAUUCCGCUGCAUUGUUUCAACUUGUGGCCAUUAUUACCAUCCAGAAUGCGUUGCAGAGUUACUGUCCUUUGGUGUUGAUUUUGAAAGAGAAGAAAUACAAAAAAAUAUUGCUGCUGGGAAAUCAUUCAUGUGUCCUCUUCAUAAAUGUUCAUUGUGUAGGAAAGUUGAAGAUAAGAAUGUUCAUGACUUGCAGUUUGCAAUGUGCAGACGCUGCCCUAAGGCCUACCACAGGAAGUGCUUACCCAGCAGAGAGAUUGCCCUUAUGGGUACGGACCAAAGAGCUUGGGAGGAUCUGAUUGAUGGUCGAAUUUUGAUGUACUGCAUGGAUCAUGAGAUAGUUCCCGAACUUGGGACUCCUGUUAGAAAUCAUCUGGUAUUUCCUAGUAAGGAAAGAAGAAAGAAUGAAGGCCCUUACAACGCACUAUUAGGUCAAGAGAAGGUUGCUACUUCAACAAGGCAAGAACAUAUUACUGCUAGAAGUAUAAAAUUACCAGAAACUGUAACAGUGGCGGGUGGUAGCAUUCGCAAUGGAGGUUCUGCAUAUAAGACUUGUGAAAGAACUGAUAGGUUACCAGCUAGGUUGUCGCAGCAAAUAUUGUCUGGUGGAAGAACUGAUAAAAGCAUCCUAGAAAACUCUGUGGUGAAAAAACCCAAAACAUCAUAUCAACUUGCCAAGAAUGAUAUGAGAAAGCGAGUUUUGUCAUUGAUAGAAGAAUCUACAUCUGCAUUUGAAGAGGAAGAGUUUAAAAGGAGCCAGCCACGCUUGGUUACAAGUUCAUGUUUCUCAGAAACUGCAUUAGAUAAGAAUCUUACUGAAGGAAAAGUAGAGGGUUCAAUUAAGGCAAUUCAAAUUGCCUUACAAAUGUUAGAAGGUGGAGGUGGAUGCUGUAUUGAGGAUGCUAAAGCUAUUUGUGAGCCAGGGAUCCUUAAUCAAAUUUUUAUUUGGCAGAGGCAGCUCAAGGUCUACCUGGCACCUUUUCUUCAUUGGAAAAGAUAUACUUCUUUUGGGCGCCAUUUUACAAAAUUAGGCAAGCUUAAGGAGGACAUUGAAUGCAUCUUGAUAGCUGCUUAUGGGACACACUCCUAUAGGUUGAUUUUUCAGGUUGUUGAAAGGCUUCAUUGGUAUGUACAAAGUGGUGAUACGCAGAUUGUAGACUUUUGCUGUGGUUCUAAUGACUUCAGCUAUCUGAUGAAAUCAAAGCUUGAGCAGAUGGGGAAAAUCUGCUCAUUUAAAAACUAUGACAUCUUCCAGGCUAAGAAUGAUUUCUGUUUUGAGAAAAGAGAUUGGUUCAGCGUCAACGUGGAAGAAUUGCCCAACGGUUCUCAACUGAUCAUGGGGCUGAAUCCUCCUUUUGGAGUGCAUGGUUAUCACGCUAACAAAUUCAUUGAGAAGGCGCUUCAAUUUAAACCAAAGCUACUUAUACUUAUUGUACCAGAUGUAACUAAGAGACUUGACAGAAAGGAAGUUGGAUAUAAUCUAGUUUGGGAGGAUGAUAAAGUGUUUUCAGGAAAGUCAUUUUAUCUGCCUGGAUCUGUUGACAUACAUGAUAAACAAAUGGAAGACUGGAACCUGAAGGCUCCCCCACUAUACCUUUGGAGCCGCCCUGACUGGACGGCCCGGCACACUGAAAUAGCUCUGAGGCAUGGCCACAUCAAGGGGCAAGAUGCAAUGCAUGUAACAGGAUAUCAUGUAAAGAACUAGCUCAUCGAGGAGAAUCAUGAUCAGCAUUACUAUGGCUUACAUGCACCUAAUGAUCUCUGCACUAUAAUGGAUGGUAUUCCGGAGGAUAAUGGCGAUGCUAUUCCUGAUUGUGCAAGAGACAAUGGUGAGCUUUUUCCUCCAAGAAAUUGGCAUGAUGGGUUACUUUGCGAAGCCAAGGAAAUGAGCAUAGAUUUGGAAUUAUCAACUCCAUAGUUUGUGUCUGCACUAAUAUUUGCUCAAAAUGCUUUGUGGGUGUUAAAAACAAUGUCCUGAGAAUUUUAUGACUUGUUAGUGUAAUUAGAUGGCGAGUUCACCUUUGGUACAAAUACUAGAUUAACUAUUGUCUUUUCUAAUGUUACAAGUCUGACCCUGUGGAGCACUUGUAUACUUUGCUUGCAUCUCAUUAGAUGGCUCUGUUGGUAAUCUUCCAUGAGUCAUUAAUGCGGGUAAGCUGUGUGUGGGGUGUGUGAUAUUGCUCACAUGAUUAUUUUCAGGCCUAAUUAUACAAUAACCCUCAACUUUGUGUAAAUUGCACCUAACCUUCCUGAUAAUUGAAAAUUUAAA